AAGUAUGCCAUCGCCUGGGAGGACAACCUCAUGCAAGUGAUCUUCCACGUGUCCACUCUCAUGCCCACCUCAGACAACGACCCCAACUGUAAUAACAAAAAGAGACACAUCGGCAACGACUCCGUGUGCAUCGUCUACAACGAGAGCGGAUCUUCCGUCAACUUAUCCACGAUUAAGGGCGACGGACAGUGCAUUCAAGCCAUUGUAGUGAUCACUCCUUUUGAAUACAAUAGCAAUUUGGUUACCAUUCAGGCUAAAGAUGACUUUUUGUAUCUGAUCGGACACAUUGAGUCCCAAAUGCUUUCUGACAACGCUUUACCGGUAUUUGUGCGACAGCUGGCACUUCACGCUAAUCUGGGAUCGAUGGUAUACAACGGGACGCCUUCGGCCACAACUACUCAACACGUCUCAAAUUGGGUACAAAGACUAAAACAAAUCAAACGCAUCCGACAGCGAGUGACCAAUAAGUCGGCCACCGAUGCGUUCGUUCGGUUCCCNACUCCGGAGGCAAUCCACAAACGGGUGAUAUUAAGUGGCAAUACAUGUUCCCUGACUUUAAUGAUUAUUCGUAAUGAUAAACACUAAUGAAAACAUAAGUUUAAUUAAGAAUUUGUUAUAAAUAUAAACAAAAUAUAAGAUUUGUCUUAAAAUUAUAA